AUGGCUGAAACCUUAGGCGCAGUCGCCAGUGGUUUCGUUGUGGUCUCGCUUGCGAUCCAAAUAGCAGAAACAAUUAACAAGCUGAAGACUUUCUACAGCCUGAUGCAAUCGGCGCCUGCUGAUGUCCUGUUUGCCAUCGAGGAACUCGAGACGCUGAGUGGGAUACUCGAGGAUGUUGAUAGAUCUAUGCAAGAACAGGUGUUUCUGAAUCCGCGGGUUAAAGUAGCUAUCAUGAAGAGUUGGAGGCUAUGUAAGACGGCAACAGAGGGUUUGGUGGCUAUUGUUACGAGGUUAGAGGAGGGCUUAGGGGGUACAAAGGGGAAAGGGAAGAUUAAGGCGAGAUUUGCGACUGUGAUGAAGAAGGGGGAGAUGGAUGAUUUCCGAAAGAAAAUCGAAAGCGCCAAGACGACAAUGCAACUUGCGAAUCAGAUAUACUACCAAGCCACCCAGAGCCAGAGAUGGAGUAGCUUAGAGCAGGACGUCCUGGACUUACGAAGGAGCCAUGAGCGACACCAGAGUAUCGUGGAACGGGAGGUGGUGCAGAUACGCUCCUUUGUGAUGACCGAUCCACGUCCAAGCGGUUCAUGUGAACAAAACCUGCCACGGUGUAUCAAUGCAACUCGGGUUGAGGAAGAAGAAGAAGAAGAAGAAGAAGAAGAAGAAGAAGAAGAAGUUGAAGAAGAAGCUGUUAUCGAGAUGUCGCAGAAGGAAACCGGCAUCCAUAUCUAUGAACAUAUCCGCCAGCGAGCCCGGUUGAAGAGCCAAGCUGGCAUGAAUUUGGUAUCUGGCUUAGUUUCCAUUGUCCUAGCCGCCGGUGAGCAUAACACAACAACAUCUGUAUACUUUGGCCUACCGAAGUGGAUAUAUGCCAGGAGAUUCGAGUUGAGAAUGAUGAAGUCUCGUCAAGGCUGGGACCAGAGCUUCCGCUCGUAUCGAAUGGUUUCCUACGAGGCGAAGGUUUUCGAUUACUGUAUGGACGGCAAUGUAGCUGGAUUACAAAUCUUAUUCGCGACUGGAGAAGCUUCACCUUUUGAGAUCGACCCAGACGGAAGGACGCCACUGCAUUACGCAGCUUUAUAUGCCCGCCCUGAGAUUUGCCAGUUCCUAUUUGAGCAUGGCGCAGACAUCAAUGCUCGAACAUCCUGGCACGGGCAAUUAUGUCUGGACUUCUUUGAAAUAGAGUUAGGCAAAGGCUGUUAUGAAUAUGAAGAAGACUUGCCAAGUACCGAGACAUUUCGUGGUUGGCCUGCUUACUCAACACCCCUGCAUCUACUUUUACACUCCGGAAGAAUCUUAACAACGGAAGGAAGGCAAGUUUUCAACCGACAGAAGAUCCUACCUGACGGUGGUACCAAGAUUAGCCAAGAUUUCGACAGAGCCAUCAAGACCUUAAUGGCAAUCGGCGCGGACACUAUGCUCGAAGACCAGUACUCGCGAACAGCCUUACAUGCUUAUACAGGAACAGCAUCUUCUGCCAGCUGGCUUCUUCAAGAGAGCGAUUGGGAUCUGAAGACCAUGCAGCCAUUGGACCAUGUGAAUAUUAUUUUGGCUCAAGCUUGGUUCUGCUAUGAUGUGAACUUGCUUGACUCAUAUUGCCAAUUAAUCACAGAAGAGACACUUCAGGAAUUUGCGCAUGGCACAUGCGAAGAAGGCCUUUUUUUCAAUUUACUUAUUAACUGUUGGUGGCUCAGCACGAUAUUGGAGGUGCAAAACCGGCUCAGUCUCGAAAGACUUAUCCUGGACAUAAUCCAUGCAGGUGCAGAUAUACACUCGAUCUCACACGAUGGACACACUCCGUUAUUAGAACUGCUCUGCGAUAUCGCGCAACGCCCUACUGAAAAGUAUGUUAUCAAGGAGUGGCUGGAGCUUCUCAAACGUGCUGGCGUUGAUCUUGCGGAAUACGGACGAGUUGAAAACGAAAUGUACAAGAACUGUGAAACAACAUGGGCAUCAGAAAGAAAGGUGUGGGACAGUGAUGGGAAUUUUACCAUAUGUAACGUCGAGCUAUUAGAGCUUUGGAUUGGAGAAACACCAGACGACUUCUACAUCGAGUUUGAAGAUCUCUACGCUUCGAACCCAUGGGCAACAGACUUCUGGGCCUGGGUCGAAGCACAAGCCGACGAGGAAAAGAUCAAAAAGAUCCCCGGUAGCUGGAAUGAUGAUGAUUGA